UCGACAGUCUUAAGUUUGCUCAGUACAUACACUCAAGAUUAAGAGAAGGAAACUCGACAGUUAAGCCCUUUUAUCGUAUUUUAAGGUACUUUCAUCAAUCCUGAUUUUAAGAUAACGUUACUAUUACUUUUUUUACCAGUUCUUAUUGAAUAAUUUAUAUAAAGGCGAGAUAUAGUAAGAUAGUGAUGAUACUUGUAUAGACUGAAUAUUAAAUGGAUCUAUUAUUAUAUUGACCAAUAUUAUUUUCAUAGACUAUCAUUGCAAUACAAUUUAUUUUUAAUGUGUAACGAGAAGGUAAAAGUUCAUUGUCAUUGAUACUAUCUUGAAGCAUGGAAAGCUUUUCACCAGACAAUUCAAAUCAAGACACAUCGUCUUCGAGCAUUGAAAUCAUCGACGUGCCUAAGGUCUGUCCUCCACUUAUUGACAUGGCAAGUUCUGACUCUGAUCCAAUAAAUGGGAAAGAAGACACCUGUGACAGUACAGAGGGUGAAGCGUCUUCUCAAGCAGUGCAGGACUCACGUUUACAAUAUCCUUCAUAUAUAACUGAAUCGUCCGAUUCUGAAUCGAUUUCAAGCCCUGAAAAAAUAACAAAUGAAAAGAAAUCGAACGCCACAGCCUAUGAAAAAGAUAUUACAAAAAAGAAAAAGGCUGCAAAUAAAACUGCAAAAGAACUACAAAAAGAUAAAUCAACCAUUUCAAAUCAAGACACAUCGUCUUCGAGCAUUGAAAUCAUCGACGUGCCUAAGGUCUGUCCUCCACUUAUUGACAUGGCAAGUUCUGACUCUGAUCCAAUCAAUGGGAAACAAAACACCUGUGGCAGUACAGAGGGUGAAUCGUCUUCUCAAGCAGUGCAAGACUCACGUUUACAAUAUCCUUCAUAUAUAAGUGAAUCGUCCGAUUCUGAAUCGAUUUCAAGCCCUGAAAAAAUAACAAAUGAAAAGAAAUCGAACGUCACAGCCUAUGAAAAAGAUAUUACAAAAAAGAAAAAGGCUACAAAUAAAACUGCAAAAGAAGUACAAAAAAAUAAAUCAGUCAUUUCUAAGGAUGCCGAUCCAGUCAAAACGAGAAUUUUCAGAUCUAAAAUAUGUUCAAAAUUAGGUAAAAAUGAAAGAAAAUCUAAAAUAUCUGACAACAAAACCAAUUUCAGGAAGAAGAAAAAGCAUGUCAGUGAAAAAGCAAAAAAGAUGAAAGAAAACGGAAUUUUACGAAAGUCAGAAGUGCAGAAAGUUUAUCAGCGUACUACCACUGAAAUGCCAUUUCCAGAAGAGGCAAACGACAAAUCGGGUGCAUCUGAUAAACGUUCUCGAGCAACGAAGAUUCAUAAAAUAGAACCUCCCAAAUAUCCAGUUUCAGCAAAUCCUUCAAGAUCAAAAUCUUCCCAAAUUGAAAAUUCAAGUAAUAAUGUAUUAUUGGGCCUGACUAAUAGAAGUAAAAAGCGUAGUGUCCAAAGAAAUUCUACACAUGAGAAAAAGAAAAUGGCAAAAUCAAAAGGAAACUGCAGUGGAAAAGCAGAAAGCUUUUCAAAGAAGACAAAGUCAUCGAAAACCAAGAACUAUUCUAAUGAAAGUCUAGUUUUACAAAACUGUGAUAACAUUUCGGAUAUUCCAGAAACCGGGAGUAAGUCUAAUAUUGUAUGUGGAAAAAAGAUGAAAGCAAACCGGAUUUCACGGAAGUCAGAAGAGUCCACAUACUAUCAGCAUACUUCCAUUGAAAUGCCACGUCCGGAAGACGAAAACGACAAAUCAGAUACAUCUGAUAAACGUUCUCGAGUUUCGAAGAUUCAUAUAAAAGAAUCUCCCAAAUAUCCAGUUUUAAGAAAUCCUUCAAAAUCAAAAUCUUCCCUAAAUAAAAAUUCGAGCAAUAAUGUGUUAUCGGAAAUGGCUAAUAGAACUGAAAAGCAAAUUAUCCAAAAAUCUACAAAGAUACGAAAGAAAAUGGCAAAAUCAAUAGGAAACAUCUCAAAGAAGACAAAGUCAUCGAAAACCAAGAACUAUUCUAAUGACAGUCUAGUUUUACAAAACCGUGAUAACAUUUUGGAUAUCCAAGAAGCCAGGAAUAAGUCUAAUAUUGUAUGUGGAAAAAAGAUGACAGAAAAUCGGAUUUUACAGAAGUCGGAAAAGUCCCAAUUUUAUCGCUGUACUUCCACUAAAAUGCCAUUUUCAGAACAGGUAAUCCAAAGUAAUUCUGCAAAAGUGCAAAAGAAAACGGCAGAAUCAACAGAAAAAUUUAGUGGAAAGACAAAACACAUUUCAAGGAACACAAAGACGUCAAAUGCCAAGAAAUAUUAUAAAAACAAGUUAGUUUCACAAAACUGUGAUAACAAUUUACGAAAGUCAGAACAGCCACAAAUUUAUCAGAUUAUUUCCACUAAAAUGCCCUUUCCACAAAAGGAAAGCGACAAAUCAGAUGCAUCUGAUAAACAUUCUCAAGGAUCGAAGUUUCAUAAAAAAGAAUAUCUCAAACACCCAGUUUCAGCAAAUCCUACAAAAUCAAAAUCAUUCCUAAAUAAAAAUUCAACCAAUAAUGUGUUAUUGGGAAUGACCAAUUGUAGGAAAAAGCAGAGUAUCCAAAAACAUUCCCCAAAGAUGCAAAAGAAAAUGACAGAAUUAACUGAAAACAGUAGUCGAAAAACAAAGAUUGCAAAGAAGACAAAGACGUCGAAGACCAAGAAAUAUUGUAGAAACAGGUUAGUUUUACAAAACUGGGAUAACAUUUUGGAUAUUCCAGAAGCCGGGGAUAACUAUGAUAUUAUGUGUGGAAAAACGAUGAAAGGAAACCGGAUUUUACAGAGGUCAGCAGUGCCAAAAGUGUAUCAACGUAUUUCCGCCGAAAUGCCACUUCCAAAAAACAGCAAGUCCUAUGUAACUGAUAAACGUUCCCCAGCAUCAAACAUUCAUGAAAUAGAACCUCCCAAAUAUCCAGUUUCAGCAAAUCCUUUAAAAUCAAAACCUUCCGAAACUAAAGAUUCAAGCAAUAUUGAAUUAUUGGGACUGGCUAUUAUAAGAAAAAAGCAUAAUAUCGAAAGAAAUUCCAUACAUGAGAAAAAGAAAAAGCCAAAAUCAGCAGGAAACUUUUGUGUGGGAACAAAAAACAUUUCAAAGAAGUCAAAGAGGUCGAAAACCAAGAAAAGUUGUAAAAAUAGACUACUUUUACAAAACUGUGAUAACGUUUUGGAUAUUCCAGAAGCUGGGGAUAAGUCCAAUUCAGAAUAUAAAAUUCUAGACCAUGAACAUCCAUUUUAUCUGGAAACACCGUUAGAAGUGUCCAAGAAGCUACAUACACAUGGCAAAAGUUUGAAAGAAUAUGAAAAGAAAAGUGGCUUUCACAAAAAAUAUAGUGAAAAGAAGACUUUUCAAAAAUAUAAAAUUAAGAAAAAUGAAUGAAAUGCAAACAAAAUCUGAAACCAAUAGAAAUCGUCAAUUCGAGAGGACCAGCAUGAUUGUGACUCUUUUGCAGGAACAAAUCGCAUCACACCAGAUUCAUAAAAAAUAGAAAUUUCGAAAAUACAAGAAUUCUGUAUAGUCCCAGCUAAUACACAUAUGUAAUCAAAGAAUAAUAAAGAAAAGUAAGAUGUACUAGAACUGAAAAAGUUUAAAAAUAUAGAAAACAAUUCAUUCCACGAAAAUACUAUAAACAUUCCUAAAUUCGAAAAAAAAAAUAAAAUCGGAAUUGCAUCACACCAUUCUGGAAAUUAUAAGGUAUCUUUAAAAAUAGAAUUGCUUGAUAGUCAAUUUUUGAUUAUCACAGAUUGAAAGUAAUGACUGGUGUUGAAAU